UUUUUUUUAGAAAAAAGUUGAUUUCAAGUGAUAUUCCUUUGGAAGAAAGUAAAUUUCUAUUAGAAAUAUUUGUUGGAAUAGUUUAAAUUUUUUUUUUUUGCUCAGAAUUAUACAAUAUUCAAUUUGAAUUAGCUCAUCUUUUAGAUAUUUAAAAAUAUUUGUACACCAUAGAAUUUGCAAUAGAAGAUAAACAAUGGCUUGAAAAGUACAAAUAAGAAUUUUCAAUGUCAAAUGAUAUUGGUAAGAUGUUUUUAUUUUUUUUAUUUCUUCGGUGAAUUCCCAAUAAAUGUUUGCGUAUAUGUAGACAGGAUGCAUACGAUCUUAUAUCAUCUAAAUAUCGUCACUGGAUAUAAAUAAAACGCAAAAUGUAAAGAUACGAAAACAAGAUCUCACGUAUAACACUAAAAUAUAAAUUUUGUUUUAAAAAUACUGUUAACGUCUGAUUUUAAAAUUUUGUUAAAUUAGAAUAAAAAUAAUUAAUAGAUAGUUUCUUAGAUAAAAAUUUCUCACAUAAAAAUAAGUAUUUAAUCAAUACUGAUAUCAUAAAACUGUUGAUUGGCAUUGAAAUAUUUUAUGGAAUUAUAUAAUCCUAACACUGACAAAUUAUUAACUACUAGUUGAAGAGAUAUCUGUCUUAGUUUAUUUCCGGUGAUUCACGUCGUAGAAGAUUUCUAUUAAUUGAUAUUUUUUUUCCCAUUAUUAUUGAAUUUAUCUUUCAUUAUCUCUUGUCAAUUGUAGCAAUUAAAAUAUAUCAUCACUAAGUAAAGGAUUAAAAGUAAACAUUGAUUUUCAAAUUUCCUCUGUUAAUUUUAUUUAUCAUUAAGUUUCAUCAUGUAUCAUUAAGUUUCUAUAUGCAAAAAACUAAUUAACGAUAAAGUUAUCAGAAUGAUACUUAAGUAUAAAUACAAUUAUAAUAUAUCAAUCAUUCGAUAUAAAAUAAUGUUAAUUUUUAAAAUUCUCUAUAUAGAAAAAUUCAUAUGAAAUAAUUCAUAAAAGACCGAGAAACAAAUUGCCUCAAACAAACAUGGCUUCCCACUGUUUCAACGGACAUAUUAUAAAAAUCUUCCUCGAUAUUCUUCACAUUCUUAUCAAACUUCCAAACAAUAGAAUAACACUUGUCCGUAAAAUCUCGGUAUUGCAUUUCAUUGCACCCGUUUCAAUACGUAUUUUCCUAUAUCUCGUGAUCCGUUAAUAAUAGGUUAAGUGUACCAGCGGAAGAAAUUCAAGCGUGAAACCACUCGUUACACCAUACUAUAUACUAAAUGUUCCUUAAUUUCCCAGCAGCCAUCGGAUUUGUGGUUUUUUCACGGGCCGCUAGAGGAGGCUAUUAGCGGCGUGUCAGUGUGUGCACGUUGCCUCUAUUGCAUGUGUUGUGUAACGUUGCUUACACACACACACAGGUAUACACAUACACAUAUACGGUCGCAUUAUAAUAACCGUGUUACCACAAAGGCGACAACUUACUUGCAGAUUAGAAGAAGAAAAGUAGUACUUGAGCGGACUCUUGAGGCGUGCUGGUCUUUACCGUGGCGUGUUAAAGUCGACCGCACAUAUUUAAAGAGCGGCCGGUAAACUUUGCGAAAGGGAAAACCGUGUGAAAGCUCGCGAACCCCUCUUUUUUUUUUUUUUCUUUUCUAGUUACCCCUUCUACUAGGCAUGCCAAUUCACGUCCAAUUAAACGUAAUAACGAUCCGUUGGCUUUGAACGCGAAAAGAACAACCGCACUUUGGAUUACACGUUUUUACAUCACGAUCGUCGUUAGUUUAUAAUAAUAAGCCAAUGAAAGCUUUCACGAAUAACAUCACCAUUAUAAUAUUAUCUCCGUAUUGCACAAUGGACAGAUAUUUCACGGAUAUUUUAUCUCCCAAAAGAAAUUACUACUUCACCUAACCUAACAACCACACGGGGACAUCGAAAUCCCGUAACCUCGCAAAGCCUCGCAUUUUUUCCAUUUUCACCAUUCACAUUCAUUUCAAAGAAUUAUAUUGGAAAAAUCGGCUCUGAAGAUAUGUAGGAACAAAUAGCUGACUACACGAAUAGAUAGCCUAACACGUGAUAGGCUGGGAAUAGAAUAAGAAAGAGAAUUCGAUGACAAAGCGGGUCGUGGGAGAUAAGAAUGAUUGGGAAACGAGAGCAGAAAUAUAUCUGGAAAAACAAUUUAUCGCGAAACAAGUUGCCGUGGCAAAUAACGGAGUGCACUCUUGACCCAAUAAGAAAUGAUACGCUUUGACGAACGAAACUGUGGGAUUGGUUACCAUCUUCUGGUCAUCGUUGUUGCGAUUCUCGUCAGAUUAAUCGCGCUCUUUAUACUCAUCUGCCGACUAUAUUGCAUUCCGCGGAUUUAUUUCGCUUCACGAUAUCGACGAGUUAUAGGGAUGUUAUAGUCUCACGAGAGUCGUAUCGAGGAUACGUGAAUCGAGCGUCGUUAUUAUUUGUUUUCGUGUUUCGCGGACGUGAUGUCUUGAUUUCCUUAAAAAUGAUCAGCAAUUUCAACUUGAUAUAUUAAAAAAGAUCGAGAUAAAAGAAAAGGAUCUUCAAUUUAAAGAAUUUUCAAAUUGAAAAGGUUCUCGGUGAUAUCACAAAGAUGAGAUUUCAAGUUUAUAUUCUUCAUCUUUGCUUCUUUAUCCUUGUUGUGUUGACGUACCUUUCCCAGGGACAGUCCUACACCACAACUACAACCACAAGCACAACCGAGCAGCCUACUUUUCUACAAAAGAUCCAUGAAACGUUCAAAAAGGUGAAGGAAAACGCAAAAAUUCAUAAUUUAUAUAUUUUCGACCCGCCAACUUGGAUUUACACAACAACUACGGAAAAACCAGUAGAAUCAACUGAAAAUUUUGAUAUAACGAACAGACAACUCAUUACAGUACCUGUCAGAUGUCCUCCCAAUUACGACUUCAUAAAGGGAAGAUGUCGCGAGAAAAUUCCAUAAAUUUUGAAUUCUUUAUUCCAAUUUUUGAUAUAUUUAUCGUCAUAUAAUGUAUAAUAAAAUGCUAAUUCUCAUUUCUGUUUUAUAAAUAAGCCUUCUAUAAAUCGUAGAAAUACACACGCAGGAAAAAGAUAAUUCUGUAACAACUUGUUAUUAAAUAAAAUAUAAAAAAAUCGAUACAUUAUUACACACACAGAGUUAUUAUAUCAUACGCAAUUUCAUUUUUGUUUUGAAACCUACGGUAUAUGAUGUUAUCGUACGAUCGUACGAUCAUCACGUUUGAUCAUCCCGAGGGAGAUUGGCGGCGAGAUGCGACGUAAUUAUCGAACGCUUGUCUCGCGUGAGUUUCGUGGAACUUGACAGCAACGAUGUAACUACGAAUGAGAUGCGAAAGGGAAGGGAAAUAUCGGGUAGAAGGAGGUAAGUUUACGAGGGCCGAUGAAUCUUGCGUGAAAUGAAAUGUGAAAAACUUAUCGAAUAAAGAUUCCGUGUAAUUUUACGGGGGCCAAGGAAUCCUCCGCUAAAUGAAAUGUGAAAUGACCUCUGAAUGAAACCGUUUCUACUCGAGUAAGGCUUGAUCUACAAAAGUUCCCACAGCCGAUCCCGAAUAACAACGAUCGAGUAAAAUUGGGAUUAGAAAAGUUUCAUUUAUUUUUCACUUAAUUUUUAUGAAUCUUACCUUUAAUUUCAAGUUAACAAGCGAGCAGAAUAAUUGAGUUCCACGAAGCAAAUGCACGUAACAAGUCGAGAAAUUAAUUAACAAAAAUGAAAUAAAGUUACGUAAAAUUAAUAUAACUAUCCUAUAAGACUUCUUAAAAGUUAUAAAAAAAUAUAACAUAAUUUAUAAUAUUAAUCGUUCAUCAAUUUGUGAUCCGUAAAAUUGUUGAAGUCUUAUCUUUUCAAAUUUUCGUAUUAAUCUAAUCCACCUAAUCCGAUUCACGACAAUUAUAAAAUCCCGCGCAAGAACAACGAAUUCGAUCAAUUACCGGGUAAAUUAAUUCAGUUUCUCAUGUUAGUCACCAGAACGGAGAUAUGAUCUGAUCCGAUAAGGAUCGAGGUCUGUCGGCAAAUGCGACGAAGGCACGGAAGAAAUGGCCGAAAAUUCGCCGGUCCCACGCGCGACAACUUAUCGUAAUCGUUCAUUAACCAAACACCACUUUUCUCGGCCAAUUAUCAAUUACGAUCCUUGUAACUUGAUUCAUGCUUGUUUCGCGUGACACACGUUUCCGCGAACGUGGCGCAACAAACUUCGAAUUAAAAUUCCACGAUUACACGCCGAUAAUAACAAAUACAUAUAGUAAGUAAAUGCACAUAAUAUAGUUUUGCACGGAAUAUAUAUAUAUAUAUAUAUACGCGAGAUAGAAAAGAAUGGCGAAUGAAUGAAAGGGGAGCAGCCGAAUUUGCGUGAUUGCUAAUUGUGAACGUAGAACCUUUGGCGACGUACUCUCCCCUCCUUUUCCUCUUACUCGCGUAUUCAAGUCAGCCAGAUUUUGUACUCAUUGUCAGAAAGUAAAGACCUCCUCGACACUUGUUGCUCGCCAUCGACAUUUGUCUGCGCGUUCCACUGUUAUAUACGCGUGUGCAUUUCGCUUUCGCGGUUGCAUUCUUUGUCGAGUUAUAUGUAUAAAUACGAAUGACUCGAACAUGUACGGGUGUACAAAGAAAAAGAUGGAGAGAGAGAGAGAGAAAGAGGUAGUUAGGACGACUUGAUAAUACCUACUUGGUAUUCUUCGUUUCUCUUAUUUUCUCUGAAUUGUGCGACAAAUGUCUACGAAAUAGGUAUCCAUUAUUGUCAAUUAUAUGUGUAUUGUAUCUCUGAGUGUUUAAUUGAAACGAUUCUUGGUGUGAAAAAAAGAAGAAUUAUAUAUAUAUAUGUAUACGAUGAGCGAAUUUUUCUGUAUGUGGAAUAUUUUAUUCUUUUCUUUUGCAUUUUCAUUUAAUCGUCAACGAAUGCAAUUCCUUUUUCGUGUUUGAGGGUGGUUUAAAAGUGAUAACGUUUGUUGGAUUUGGGUUAAGUGUGAAUCAAGAAUAGAUUAGAUCAAACUUAACUAGUGCUUAGCUAUGAUACAGUUUCCUGAUAUUGCUCGUGAUCACGUAACUGUAGAAAAAUAGCAGAAGCAAACGAUGAAUAAGAUCCAUUACUUGUAGAAUAUUAGUUAAAGCAAAUUUUUGGAAUCUUUCUUCUUAUUCCGUAUAAUUUUUUUAAAAAAUUAUACGUUUUUUAUAAUCGAAUGGAAUAUAUUUUUAUAGAAGUAUAUUUACAAGUUAUACUUACAAGUUGAUGGAUAUAAUUUGAAAGAUAUUCGAACUGAAUUCGUCUGAAGCCCAGAUCUGAAGUUAAUCUAAUUUAGAAUAUAAUGGGAGAGUUAAGUAUAGAUUAGCAUGAAUUAGUAAGGAUUAGACAUAAAUUAGAUCUGGCUUAAGAUAUUGAUCGCCUAAAUUUCAGACUAAAUUGUCCUAAUAAAAUUUUUAUGCCGUUAAAUUUUAUAUAUACUUAAUCAAAUUAUACGCUUGAUCAAUAAGCAGUUUCGCAAGAUCAAGCGUUCAAUUGUGUAAUAACGGCUGACAAUUUUUCGCCCGUAGGAAAAGUCAUAAAAUUAAUUCGUAUUUAUUUUUAAAACAAAUGAAUCGAGCGAAAAAUUUUAUUUCUGGUUUAUUGGAUUUGGCUUCAAUGUUUCAGAAAGAUAACGUUUCGCACGCCAGAGUAUAUUUAACGAGGUGGUAAAUACACGAGAGAUAUACAAUAUUCGAUUCUAUAUAAACGCGUCAUUUUCCAAUUUGUCGAUACGAUAUUUAAAAACUAUAGUUUCAUUAAACUUUUUUCUCUCUCUCUCUCUUUCUCUCUCUCUCUUUCCCUUCUUCUCGUAAAUUCUAUACAUUCAAUUCGGUUGAUCCCAGUGUAAAAUUUUCGAAAAAAAUGCCGUAAGUGAAGGAAGCAUUAAGGGAUCGUCGUAUGAGUGAAUUUCAAUUGAAUUCGUUUAAAUGGACAAAAUUUUCUUUCGAUCGCCAUAAUUUUUCAAAUUAUUAUCCCAGUGUCGUUCAAAAUUGCGAACACGAGGUAACGGUGAAAGAAAGAAGAAAAAAAAAUAAAAGAUUACCCUACGGUCGAUGAUUUCGUCGUGCCGUUUUCGUCGGGCACGGUUUGAAAGCGAGCCAAAAAAUUUGCUCUGGCCAGCGUGGAAAAACACAUAAAAAUUCCGACAACGACGUAACUUCAUUUGCAUCACUAAUGCCGUUGUCGAAACAAAUUUCCUCGUUUUUCCCGCCUCUUUGUUCUGUCUUCUCUUUUCCGUACAUUGUUUAGCCACGAUAAAAAGAAAAGAAAAGAAUAGAAGGGGGAGGGGAUCAAGUGAAAUCACAUAUAAUGAAAUUGAACGAGAAUUCGAAUGAUCUUAAUUUAUAAUUAUAUAAAUUAAUAAAAUAUCUUAAAAAUAUGCGAAUCGAGUCUCAAAUGGUGAAUUAUUGUCUUCUUUCUUUUUUUAUGGAGGAGUAUACGACGAAGUAUCGUACUUUUUAAUCAAAUAAUUUUAUUUUGCAUAACCAGUUCCAUUUUAUUUAAUAUCUAUCCUUUUAAAUUUAUUUCAUAAAAUCGAAAAAAUCCUUUUGUAUUGUAAAAGAGUACAUUUUGUUUUAUAAAAAAAAUUAUGCAUCACUUUCAAGAUAGAUUAAUUUGAAUCACAAUUAAUAAGGAUAUUAAUUCAAAUAUUGAAUAUAAAUUCAAUAUUAAAAGUUAAUAAGAAUCAAUUUUAUUUUAUAUUACAUAUAUAUAUAUUUUUAUCGAAGGUGCAAAAUUUUGGAGACAAUUUAACUCGUGACGGCAGGAGAAACAGAUGGGAGGUUAUUGCGCUCAGAGCUGAUAGUCGGAUAAUCCAUAGUCGUUACUUUGUUACAGCGCACGUUAUUGUCGUUAAAAGUAAGAAUCUUGAUACUUUUGUACUUUUAUGAGACGCCAUCUCUUUUUAUCGGACGCUACGCGAUUUUUUAUUACUCCGCGAGAAGACAAAUUUACUCGCUGUCUCAGCGAAAAUAUUUUCCUCGUCCUUGCAUUAUUCUCAUUUUUUUUAUUAUCAUUAUUAUUAUAGUAGGUGAACGUCUAUUCUUAAAUGAUAAAUUGUCACAGUAAUAUUAUCAGUUCCUUAUAACACUUUACCUUAUGAUUUUCCCCAUUUUAAUUUCAUUGAAUCACAUUUAUGUUGAAUUAAUUCAAAAAUCUUUUCUUUUCUUCAAUUCAUUUUAUUUCUUAUUUAAUUUUGUUUUUAAGAUUUUCGAUAGUGAAAAGAGGCUAAUUUCUUUUCAGGUUUAUUAACUUUUGCGUUUGUUUCGGCCUCUAGAAUCGGAUCGUUCGAAGUUACAUGAAUAUAUUAACAUCUACUAAAAAGUAUUUUUAUAUUGUUAUUAAUUCGAGAAUUUCCACUUCAGAGUAAUCAGUUUAUAUAAUUCUGUCAAGUUAAAAUUUCAAUAAAUUUUGUUACAAUUUUAUUUUGUUGAAAGAAAGAAUAAAUAUAUAAGAAACAAGCAAUAAUUCGUAUUAACAAUGCAAAUAUUGUGAAAUAAGAGUUUAAAGAAAAAUUUAAUAAUUUUUUUAUGAAAUAUUUGAUGAUAUAAAAUAUAAAUGAUCCAUUUCUCUUUCAAAUUACAUAUUACAUAAUUUCUCGAUGCUAAAUGAACUCGAAAUAUUUCCUCCUUUUCAUUAAUAUUUCCCUUUCGAUAUUAAAAACCAAUCAAACCAACGUUUCGAUCAAUCAAUUCUCCCAAUUCAAUAUCAAUGAUCCGGCGUUCUUUCUCUAACGCUAAUUUAAAUAUUUCCUCCUUUCGUUUUUUUGUGGUCGACAUCCUUUCAUAAAACAUCAUUGAUUCUAAAAUAAUGAAAAAUUUAAUUAGUUUUUUUUUCAUAUAUUAAUUAUUCGUGUGCAUAUGCAAAAUAUUCUAAAAAAAAUUAAAUACGGAUUCCAUCUUCUAAUAUGAAUGUUGAGUCAAGAUAAAAAAUUCAUAGAAAAGUAUUAGGAGUACUUUAAAUGAGGCAACUGCAAAAACACGAAUUUUAUAAUUUAAAAUUUUUUUAAAUAUAAUAAUUUAAAUAUAUAUGUUUUUUAAUAAAAUUAUUAUCAUAAAAUUAUAAUAAUAAUAUGUAUAAUAUAUAGCUAUAAUUUAUUCCAGAUAUUUCAAAAGCUUUUCUUCUUAAAAUUAAUUUUUAAAAUAUCGUGGUUAUCCUUUCAAAAGUUGCAAAAUAAAAUUACCAGAAUUAUUUUUCAGAAUCACUUUUCUGAAAGAAUGGACGAUCAAUUAAACUAAAAAAAAAAAAUAAAUAUUUCAAAUAUUAUUCCAUUUCGUUUAAAAUGUUUAUUCGUAUCUCUAUUUUUGUAAAUAUUUUUAAUGUCACAUACAAAAUUUCAUUAGAAACAAAAGUUUAAUGAAAUUUACACACGAUUCUCAUAUCACGUACACCACACUCAAUAAACGUGAAAUUUUUAAAAUAUUUGCAAUUUCUAUUCGUUUCAGUUACGAAUAUAACAUACAAAUAUCUCUAUAUAUCAACUACACGCACACAUACACACACACACACAUAUAUAUAUACAUAGAAAUCAAUAUUUAACAAUUCUCAUAUUGAAACACCUCACAAUUCCAAUCUCAACUUUUGAAACAUCCUGUAAAUACAUAUUAGGCAACUAGCGUACACAACGUCAAUCAAAAAGUGCGGAAAUAACGGAGGAGAAAAAGUAACGAGUAAAUAAAAAAAGGGGAGGAAGGGAGGGGAGGGAAGAAAAAAGAAAGGGAGGAGGAAGCAAAACGAAAAAUUACUCCAUUCGAUUCGACCAACUAAAUACAUCGGCCACGGUUGAAAGGGGAUUCGAGAGGUAGAAAAAGAGGGUUGAAGAGCGUAGAGAGAGAGAUAGGCGUGACACGAAAACGAAUUCGUCUGCCCCCUUCUCCCUCCCUCUCCGUACCACUCGUCUCGUCAAACACCGGAUUUUUCCUCUGGGCCAAUAUCGCAGGGUUUUUUGCAUACCCAUAAACGAUCGCGACGUCGAACAGCAUCGAUAACCCAUAAUCAUUGGUGUCCCGUCAGCCCGCUCCUUCUGGGCAUGAAUAAAACAAACAUAAGUUUCGCAGCGAAUUCAAUAUCCAGCGCCCCUAUAACACGCCACGGUGGGGAUAGAACCGCGAUGGGACGAGCGGGAGCAAUCAGUUGCACCCGCGUGCAUAGACGUUCGAAUGCAUGGCGGUCAGGGUCCGAGUUGGGGCUCGAGUUUGCCGAAAUUUAUGACCGAUUUUACGACGUGUUUGCGAAAAAUGGCGGCAAAUUUUUUUAAAUACGAACUUCCAAAUAAACGAACUUUCCGUUUCGGGCAAAUUUUGGAAUCAUUUGUUUAUUUCAAUUAGAUUUGUAAUAGGAUCGGAUUUUAGAAAUAGAUCGAGAUUAAACAUCAUUGAAAUUUUUAUUCUUUGUACGUGAUAUUUUUUGUUAGCCUUUAUCGUUAAUAAUAAUUGUAAAAAUAAAAGUGUAACGGUGUACAUAAAUUACGCGAGUAUAGAUUUAAUGAGGCACUCUUUAUUCAGAGUGCAUAGCUGAUAAAUCAAACAUCACGACAUUCACACGUGGAAUCGUUGAAUCGAGAAUCAAGGUUCGAAAGGGAUUUUUCCAGAUCCAGGCGUGAAGGAUCACUCUAAAUUUCUUAGAACACUUCAUUCCCGAUUCGGAAAAGAACGGAUUUCGUAAGAGAGAGCCGUGACAUUCGCGAUGAUUGGCCCCAUUAUUUUGGAAGGAUUGUUCAAUCAGCAACCUAAAGGAUUCUCGAUCAAAAGUUUUGUCUUUUGGAGCAAGGAAGAAAUUAGUGAGUCAAAGGAUAAACGAUUUAUUAGAGAUCAUAAGAAUUCUACAGUUAAAUCUUAAAAUCUUACUCAAGUCAGAUUUUCAAUUAAUUCGCUUUCAAUUGGAAAAUUUCAGUUUUUCAACGAGUUCAGUCGGUCGGUUAUCCCAAUCGGAAGAUUCACAUUUUUCUCAAAUCAGAAUGUAGGUGAUUGUUUAAAGGAUUCUGAUUUUAACAAUUCUACUAAUUUUACUUUUUUAUAUUAUAGAUUUAUUGACAUCUAUAUUUUGAAAUGUCGUAUAAUAGAAAAUAUUAUUUAUUAUGUAAUAUUGUGUUAAUUAUGUAAAAAAAAAUUUUAUGAUAACUAGAAAAAUUCGAAUAGUAAAUUUUAGGUUCAUUCGGAUAUAAAGUUUUAAAUAUUUUAACUGCAUUAUUUUUCUUAUCGAAGAAAAAGUUUUUUUUUAAUAAUUACUUUAAGAAUUUAUUGGAUAAUAAAGUAAAGAUGAUUAAAAUAACUUAGGAUUUUUUUAGGAUUCUUAAAAAUUCCAGAAAAUAUUUAAAGACUUUGAGAUAGAUAAAAUGAAUUUAAAAAUGUUGAAUUAUUAGUAAAAAAAAAAAAGAAAAAGAGAUAUGAUAUGAAGAAAUAUAUGCUACGACAGAGGAUAAUUUAAUAAAAAUAAAUUAAUAAAGGAAACGAUGAGAAAUUAAUAGUUAUUACUUCAAAUAAUUUUUAAUAUCGUAUAACAUAAUUAUUUAUUACAUUCAUUAUCAUAAAAAUCUAAGAUUAUUAGAAAUAAUAUUUACAGAAUAAUAUUUCAAUUCUGUAGUAAACGAGCAGGCUGAUUUGUUGAUUAUUUUUGUGUUUGAUCAAAUUCACUCUGUCUGGUUGAACUUUGCUAGAAUUCUAAGUUUAGUAUCUUGCAUCUGUAUGCAGUUUACGUUACUACACACGGAAGUUGAUUGUUUGGAGGUAGCGAAGGUUUACGAUGGAAACUCGUAAUUCCAAUUACUAAUAUCCGAUCCGGAUGGAAAAGAUGGGAACUAAACCGCUCGACUUGUGUCUUCUGGCUUUAUUAGAAAUCGAUAUUUAUUGUUCGGUAUAAUUAAACGCGCUCGUCUUGCAUCUUAACCCUUUCCAAAUUAAAUUUUUUUUUUGUCAAUAACUUCUUCGUAUAUUUCUUAAUUCUGAAACGAUGCAAAAAUUUAAAAAUUAUUGAAAAAAUGAUCCUCAAAUCAUAAACGAUCGCAGUUGUCGUCAUUGUUCAGUAUCUUAAAAUUAUAAGGUAUAACGAUUCGCUUUUUUUUUAGAAUAAAAACUAUAGUACAAUCUGAAAUUUUCUUAAAACUUUUUCCUAAUUACGAACAAAAUUUUAACUAAUAUGCUACGUUGUUAGAAGCCGCUGACUGGUGACUGGGUCAAAAAUACGACAAAUAUCGUUAAUGGGUAUAUGUUGCUGUGUCAUACCGUGUUUCAAGGCCACGAUCAACUUAGAAUUCUCCAUACCUUUGGUUCCACACGUUGGAUAUGGAAUAGGGAGGGAAAUGACGAGGCCUGGAAAGCGGCGUUUCGGGCAAUGCCGCUUUGAAAAUCGAUAAACGGCUCCGCGUAGUCGACCAGUCAGGAGCUUUUCGGUGUAUCCGCGCUGGAGAUCCUGCCCUGGUCACGUGGCGCUGCUUACGUCCACGGAAAUACCAGCCAUCAGCUUAAAAUUGCACACAAUGUCCCUAUCGACACACGGCCAUCUCGAAAAGAUCACGGACACGAAUUGAUCGUCCAGGGUCGAGUUAAGCUUAAGGAGAUUAGGUCACCUAUUUUGCUCUGUUUUUCUCACUGUAACGUUCGUACACGUAUAUAUUGAUUGCUGCUACGUUUUAUAGGACGAUUCGAAAUUUAGGAUAAACAUCUAUUAAUCGUUUAAGGAAUAAAAAGGCAAUUUCGCUUUUUUUCAAUGGACGAUUAAAAUGUGCGUGAAGGAUUUUUAGGAAAAUUAGUAUUUAAUUUUUCACGAAUGAUUAAAGUUGAAGAGUCAUUGAUUAAUGUAUAUUUCUUAUAAAGAUCAAAGUUAGAUCUUUAUAUUUUGCGAAAGAAAAGAAUUUAUAGGAGAAUUCGUACAUAGGAUAAUAGUAUAAAAUAAGAUUUUGAAACGAAGGAUAAAAUUAGAUAUUUGUAUCCGGAAAAUAAUUUAAUUUCGAGAAUAAUUUGGAUAUAUUUUUGUAUCGCGUAUCUCAAUUAAAUGAUCGAAACGACGUUACAACUACGAUUAAAUUAUUAUUAACAAAUACAUCUAUCGUUAUUUUUAAAAAUAAAACCUACAACUAGAUCGCAGUUUCUAAUUCGAGAAUUGCCAUUCUGUUUUUAAGGAUUACAAAACGGUUCUCGAUCGUUUCAAUUGGUAGAAUUGAUCCGAUUUAUGAUUCUCGUUGAUUGAAAAUUUUGAUUUGUUUGAAUAUCGGUGAAAUUGACACCACUCGUGGACAAGGCUGAUCUAAGUGUGACAGUUUCUAUCAAGCAUGUCCUCUUCUAUGACUCGAUUACACAGCGUGUUGUAGAGAUAGAUCCGAUUAAAACGUCCGAUUAAAGGGGCUGUAAGUAAUUGCAUCCAGCAGAUGACGCGGGAUGAUUGAUCGAAUUAAUCAGCCCGGGUACUCGAACAUCGCUAAAAAGCAACUGGCAAGUCGCGAUAAAUGGAACAUGGACAACUCGAAUGCGAACGAAACAACUGCAUCGACCUAACUUAUUCAAUUUCAAAGUGAAAGCAAUCAGUACUAGUAUUUGCCUGGUUAAAUUCGACAGCCUCGGUACUAACCAUUCUGAAUUUAUCGACUCGGUGAGAGGGAAAAGCCUCUGGAAAGGAAACCUAAAAAUGGGUCAACGGUGUGUCACUCAAUCUAAUCCUACUAUUUUCACAGUCAAUUUUAAGAAUUUUAGAUAUUUCCAACAAGAUGCUUAAGAGAGAGAAAAAAAAAAUCUUGGUUAAGUGAAUUUCAUAAAAAGUUUCAUUACUACUUAAAAUCCUGAGCGAGAGGAUCGUAAUAAAAUCUUUAUCAAACCAACUUGGAUGUUUGAUGUAAGUAUGAAAAAAUUCGAUUACAUAGAAUUAUGUAAUUUGAAGAGUAAUAAGAGUAAUUUGAAUUAAAAGAAGAUCAUUUGUUAAUUUAUAUGAGAUUAAAAACUUUGGAUUGUGUGAUUACAAUUGAAAUAUAUCAAAUUCAAUGAAUCAAAAAAAAAAAAAAGGAUUUAAAAUGAAUUGAAAAAUUUCCAGAUUAAACGUGUGAAAAUUCGCUAAGCAAAUUCGGUAUAAUUAAAUAAAAAUUUGUAAUUAAAUUCUGGAUUCAAUCAGAUUAAAGCAAAAUGAAAUUUAGAGUAAUAACAUUCUAUUAUUAUAAUUUAUUGGUUCUAAAAAAUUAUUGAUCACAUUAUAAUAAUAGAAUAGAUAAGAAUAUCAUUCGUUUUACAACUAUAUUUAAAUACAUCUUGAAGGAUGAUAACAUUAAAUAAUUUUAAUCUGAUUUAUUGAAUUAGUUAGAAUUAGUAGAACGUAAAAUUUAAAAUAAUUCAUCCAUUUCGAAUAAAAAUAUAAAAGAUCACUAAUUGAAUAUGAAAUAAAAAUCCUAAUGAUAUAAAAUGGAAAAUGGAUCAAAUAAUUACGGUAAUUAAAUUUAUAACGAUUCAAAUUGAAACUUAGAUGAGAGUAAUAUUUAGAAAGAAAAAACUCGUCGAUUUCAAAUAAAAAUACUUAAUCAAAUCCUAUAAAAACGCCAAUAAUAUUUAAAACCCAGAAUUUCUUUGUACGAUAGUACAUCAAUCAAUAAUAGUGAUAAAUUGUCAAAACACGAAUUUUAGACUUUUGUUGCGCCAAUAGUUUUUACAAUUUUAAAAUCCUACCUUGAAUGGGACAAUCAAUUUUACCAAUUUGUAAUUGGUAAAAUUCAUUCGUAGAAUUUUAUUUGUUUCGUUAUAAAAUUUUAUUGCUAGAAAAUGUUGUGCAAGAAAAUUUAUUACUAUUAAUUUAUCGAAAAUAAAUAAUUAUUAAUGUUACUAUAUAACUUCGACAUUAUAAAUAAUAAUAAAAAUUAUAAAAAAAAUUUUCUAUAAAAGUAAUAAAAGUAACAAAAGUAUUUUAACAAAAAAUUGAACAAAAAAUCAAUUACAAGAUAUAAUAUAUCUUUUUCCCAUAAUAAUUGAGCUUGGUAAUUGAAAUUUUUUAUCAAAUUCGAUCAAAUCAAAUUAGUAAUUAUCUAAUUGUCUUAUACAAUUACAACUUAAAAAAAUCUACAAUCUACGAUAUAUUAAUCAUCAAUCGAUCAAUUUAGCAACUUAUUUCCACGUAAAAAAAAAAAAAUAAAUAAAUAAAUAGAAAAAAAAGUUAUUCUAAUUUUAAACAUUCCCUUUCACUUUGAAUACUAAUUCUAUCGAUGAUCAACCGAUUUAACCAAUUUAACAAAUUCGGAUUAGGGAAGGAUAGUAGAAAAAUCGCGAGUAGGUCGCGGGCAAAGGGCACACAGGUGCGCCAGAUCCCGAAGGAGGCUUCCAUCCUCGCCUCGUCCUAGCCCGAUAAAGUGCGCAGACGUCCUCGCACGCCGACGAGGAUGGCCGAGUGGAAGAACAGUGGAGGCGCGAAACGCUCGUUCCCCCGUGUCCGGAAGCAUCGAUGUGGCCUGAACGUCGCACGAGGAGAGGCUGCCAGAGUGGGAUGGAGCGAUGGUGGAAACUAGCCUCAUUCCCUAUACGGCCGCGCGCGAUGCGGGUGGGUGAGAGCGAGAGAAAAGGAUAACGCGGCCGCGCACGCGCGCCACCAGCCUCCGGAACGGCCGACGAGAGAUCUAGAUGGAGUACGGAUCGGGUGGGAGCGCGAGGAGGGGCGGAGAGAGGGAGAAGGAGGAACGUAUACACUGGUCUCGUAGGGCAGUCGUUCCUCCUUCGUCGUUCCUUCGCAAAGGCGCAGACCGCUUUUAAUAAAAUUAUUUUGCGCGACAGGGAGAUAUAAAAAAGGAAGAAAAGAUCGCGAAACUAUCCCUACGACCAUUGUACGGUAUUAUAUCGUUCAACGAUACACAUAAAACCGGUGUCUUUCGCUCGUUGCAGUAUUAUAUCGGUCGCGUAUCACGGUGUCGCUGCUCCCUCGUACCAGCAGUGCAAAGUGGUGGUGCCGGUGGCUAGACGAGAGGAGCAGGCGGAAGAAAGGCGGAGGAAGCUACGAGACGAAGCUCGUCGUCCUUUUCGUCGUCGCCGUCGUCGUGCACGGGGUCAGUAUCGGGCCGAAGGAGCAAGUUGGAACUUUCCUUUUUCCUGCGAUUUUUACGUAUCUGGUACACGAUAUAUAAUCGGAGGAACCAAGUUCUCCGAGCAAAGUUAGUCCUGGAGGAGUGUUUUGGGGGAGAGAUCCAUCGCUAGGAAGGAGGUAUCUUCUCCACGUCGCGUGUGCUUCAAGGAGAUCUCUCCGACACGGUGGUCCUGAUCGCCGUUUAUUGAUUUCAGCCAGGAGGUGCUCAUAGCCUCUGCGUUUACUCGUCACGCGAAAUUUUUGGCCGCACCAUCGCGCGUUUUGCCGAUCGAUUCGCACGCUCGUCCUCCCACCAAGUCUCGCUCGCUCGCUCGCUCGCGACCCUAUACGCUCGCCUCUCUCUUUCCUCCUCGUCCACGCUUUUCCAUCGUUUCUUCGUUUGCUCGUUUGAUCUUUCUCCGUCACCCUCGAGAGUCAUGAAUCGGUACCCGUGACGUCACGCGCGUCAAUCGGCCGCGACCCGUGCCCUAAACCAGGGAUCGUCUCGAUCUAAACCACGACCCCACGAUCGAUCGUUUGACCGGACAGGAUACUCGAACUACCCGUACAUACGUACGUAUAUAUAUCUAUCUAUGUAUGUAUAUAUGUAUGUAUGUAUGUACAUUUUCGCGAGUGUGUGCACGGAUAAUGUGUACGAUGCACCGUCACGAUAUACAGUGAUAUACUCGAUUCAUCCUUCUUAUACGUGCUUAUUCCUUCUCUGUUGGCCAUUUUCCAAGAGUAGAGGAAGAACAAAGGAUUGAUCCGGACGCGGUACAUCAUCCAUGAGGACGAGACGACGUAAGGAUCGGAGGAGGCUAAACUCGUGAGUCGUCGAGUCGUUGCACUCAAGCUUGGGAAUCGAGCCGAAUGAUGCCCAAUUGACGAAGACCGCGCAGUCCUAGGAAUGGCCCCAUUCAGUUCCGUCUUCCUGGGCGUCUGGGGAGUGUUCGUGAUCGUCCUUAUACAAGAAUCUAGGCCCGUCAGCUGGGAGGAAUGGUGGACCUAUGACGGUAUUUCCGGUCCCGGGUUCUGGGGUCUGAUCAAUCCGGAUUGGUGGCUGUGCCACAAGGGCAGACGUCAAUCGCCGGUGAACCUGGAACCGUCCAGGCUCCUCUUCGACCCGAACCUGCAACCCCUUCACGUGGACAAGCACAGGGUAGGUGGUGUGCUGGCCAACACCGGCCACAGUGUAGUUUUCGCCGUGGACAAUGACACGCGCCAUCCGGUCAACAUAUCUGGUGGCCCGUUGAGUUAUCGGUACCAGUUCCACGAGAUACAUUUGCAUUUUGGAUUGGAUGAUCGGACGGGCAGCGAGCACACCGUGGACGGACACGCGUUUCCCGCGGAGUUGCAAAUAUUCGGCUUCAACUCGCAACUCUACAACAACUUCUCGGAUGCGUUACAACGGGCACAAGGGAUCGUGGCGUUGUCUCUUCUUCUCCAGGUUGGAGACCUCUCGAAUCCAGAGCUUCGAAUAUUCACCGAGCAGCUGGAUAAAAUCAAAUAUGGAGGCCAGGCGAUGGAGAUUAAACGUUUCGUGGUGCGGGAACUGCUACCGGACACGAAAUAUUACAUGACGUACGACGGCUCCAUCACGAUGCCAGCCUGCCACGAGACCACCACGUGGAUCAUCCUGAACAAGCCGAUAUACAUCACAAAGCAGCAGCUUCUCGCGUUACGACAAUUGAUGCAAGGAGACAAGGAUCAUCCGAACGCGCCACUAGGGAAUAAUUUCAGACCGCCGCAGCCGCUUCAUCAUCGUCCCGUUCGAACAAACAUCGACUUCAACGUUCAGGGACCGAAGAACUGUCCGACGAUGAAUAGGGACAUAUACUACAAAGCCAACAGCUGGAAAUAACCCCCUUGGCAAGUUAUGGGGGUGGCUGGAGGUGAACUACGCUUUCCCUGGGUUAAACUGGAGCCACGCAGUUAAGAGGAUAGAAACCCACUGACAUAUCAAUUAAUGAGCGCGACCAGUGGUCAUCGUAUCGAUCAGAUCGAGCAGAGGCCAUCGUGGCGCGUAUGGUUGAGAGGAAGAGUGAGAGAGCGAACGAAAGAAAGAGAGAAUGAGAAAAGAAGAGAGGUCAGAAUGUCGAGAAAAAGAGAGAAAGAGAUUAAAAAGAAGAAAAAUGCUUCGUUGUACUAUUAGACGUGAACUGCCAAGUAUGUUUCCAGUAACGAGAAAAAAAAAAACACACGCAAAGAACAUGCAGAUACACAGACAAGUACACAGAGAGACACAUACAGAAGAUAUACCUAUAUAUAGAUUACAAUUUAGCGGAGAUAAGGUUAAAACAAAAAAAAAAAAAAACGUAAGAUUAACACAAGAUAUAUUAUUAUACGUAUAUCGAUCAACUAUCGAAAAAGCUAUGACUAUCGUGGCCUGUGUCGAGGUCGUUGAUGACGAUGAUGAAUAGAACUAGGGAUGGGGAUAGAAAUGAAAGACACGAGAUUUCUUUAUGUAUAAAAGAUAUUAAAAAAAGAAGAAGAAGAAGAAGAAGAAGAAACUAAAGAUUCGUGCGUGAUGGAUGAUCAUGCGUACACGCCCACUCAUUCCACCACUUGCAUAUACAUGAAUACAUACGACAUACAUGCAUACAUACUAUACAUAUACACACACAUAUCGAACGAAAGUUUAUACUAUAUUCUUGUAAUAAAAUGCUGAAAAACGUA